AAAGGGGUUAUCCUAUGUGGACAGCCAAAGAACCCUUUUGGAACAUUUUUUAUAAGAGCGCAUGCCUGCUGGCUGGGAGUAAAAGUCUUUACUUAAGACUCAUCUCUUCAGUGAGUCCAAUGAUUGAGCGUAGGGGCCCCUCGAGCACAUUUCUCUUAGGGCCCCCAAAAGGCUUGAUCCGGCCCUGAUAGAGGAUAUGUAGAGCAGGAAAGGGGAAAGGGUAGGUGGAAGGACAGACAGAGAGAGAAAGAGGAAGGAGGAGACUGCAGAGGACAUAAGCGAGAAUGGGGAGGGUGAGAUAGAAUGAUAGGAGUGGUUGUAUAGCAGUCUUAGUCUAGCAACUCACUAUAUGCUGAUGAAGUUCCAGAGAAGGACUUACUCUAUUGUUCUCUCCCAACAAAAAGCUUGGUGCGAGCCUAGUGAAGACCUAUCAGUCUAUAGGAGGCUUGAUAUUACCUAUACAUUUGAGAUGGGCGACCAGGAUGUUUAUGACAGAAUGUUUGGGUCCCAGAUAGACGGAGAGAUGGACGAAGAGAAAGAUGAAGAAGGAGAAAGUGAAACGAGGGGGUCAGGGAAAGGCGCUCAGAGUUUCUGCCAGUUCUCGUCCUCUCUGCGUACUGUGGUUCGCAUCAAACAGAAGUACCAGGCUAUGAAGAAACAACGGCUGGAGUUGGCCGGGCUGGGGGGAGGAGGGCUAGUGUUAGGGGCUGGUCUCCACACUGGUGCCCCUGUUCGCAGCAGCCCCAAAAUCUUCACCUUCGAGACCCCCUCCAGCUCCCCCUCUGCCUUAUCGUCGCUCUUCCUAAAGAUGAAGAAGAAGAAGAAGUCGCGGCGGGUCAUGUUCCCCAGUGGAGGGGGGCGCAAGGCCCCCGUCGUACAGGAACACAGCCGAGCAAAGAUCUGCCUCUUCCUCCUCUGCACCAUCCUCUUCUUCCAGGUGUAUAAUGCCAUAGAGAACCUUGAUGACCACGUCCUGAAGUAUGACCUGGGGGGAUUAGAGAAGACUCUGUGUAGGGAGGUGUUUGGUCAGCAGGGAGCGAUGGAUGCUCUGUUAGCCCAGCUCAGAGACUACCUCUCUACCUACGUCCACAGUAAACCCCUGGUCCUCUCCUUACACGGACCCAGUGGCGUGGGGAAGAGCCAUGUAGGGCGACUCCUGGCUAGCCACUUCCGCUCGGUGGUAGGCGCGCCCCUGGUUCUACAGUACUUUGUGUUGCACCACUGCCCCCUGGAGGACGAAGCCUGGCGCUGCGCCCGAGCCCUGUCGAUCUUAGUGUCAGAGACAGUGCUGAGAGCAGAGGAGGAGGAGAAAAUUCCUCUUUUCAUCUUUGACGAAGCAGAGCACCUUUACCCAGAGCUUCUUGAUGCAUUGAGUGACUUGGUCCGCUCAAACCGCUCCAACGAAUACCUGAACGCAGUCUACCUGUUCCUGAGCAACCAAGGACACACCCACAUCACCAUGCACCUGCUGUACAACUCCUCCAGCGACUCCAUGAUGACCGCAUCUGGACACCACGGCAAACUCGUCAAGGAGCUGAAUCCGUUGUUGCGCAACACUCUGGUGAAGCUCCACCCACUGUGGGCAGAAGCUGAACUCUUACCAAUGACCCUGCUGGAGAAAGGUCACGUGAUGGAGUGCUUCCUGGAUGAGAUGACAAGGGAGGGGUUCUACCCGGACCGUACCAACGUUGAGAGGCUGGCGGGGGAGAUUGAGUACUACCCUGUGGUAGGGGGCCACGUGUAUGCCCGGACAGGUUGUAAACAGGUGGUUGCUAGGGUCAACCUGCUAUGAGAGACUUAGAACUGCAGGGAAAUGUUGUGAUUAGAUGAGAUGUCUACUGAGAAAAGACAGUUCUGGUCCAUAUCCUUUUGGUGUUUCUUAUGAUCCACCAAGCAAACAUUACCAACGUUACAAGCCAGAACCCAUCCUUGAAAAACAUUUUAAAAUAAAAAGGUGUGUGUCUGAGAAUGAGGAGUAUCUCCAUGACGGCUAAUCAUGUCCGAUAAUCAUGUUUUCUACGUUCUGUAACAACCUCCCAAACAAGACCCUUGAUUACUGGACGAAUAGAUAAUUACCAUUUUGGUAUGAGAGGGAAAAGAGAGAGGUGAGGUUGGGAUAAUAUCCAGAGUGAAGUCACAAUCAGAUGUUAUGGUGAGACACGGCUGUGCCCUUCUCCCACGAUGCUGUUAGUCAAAAUACUGACGGUAAUAGACAGACCCACUCCUGAUAGAGGACGAGAGAAGUGAUUGGACCAAAUUAGUCUGGCUGUGGCAUUGACAACAGCAGAUCAGGAAAAUGUGAUGCAGUAUUUGAUGCAUUUUGUUAACACAAAUAAUGUAUUGAUUAAACUAUCAUCCUGUCUAAAUGAUUAGUCUGUCUGGUCAACAGUGACCAAGGGUUUGGGACAGACUGCAGAAGCAGCUUUCUCUGGAACCCCCACAAUUAGAAAUUCAAAAUACAUAUGGAAACUAUUACAACUGAACCAAAUACUGAAAUUAUCACUACUACUAUCACUACUUCUCACUUCAGUGUUAACGGACAAUGAGAAACAAAAGACAUGAUCAAGUCAAUGUGUUUAUUAGAAUUCCAUUACUUGAAGUUGGAAAAAAUGUGGUACUGUGUCUAAACACACAAAAUCAAAGUGAUUCACAAUUAUGUCAACAAAUGGAAAGAAAACAAAGAUAAAUGGAUAACUGGUUUAUGACUUGGUGAAGGAAACAGUUGAGUUCCACACAACAGCCUGUGACAUGAUCCCUUCAAGUGUUUUCUGACUGUAGGAGUGGUGAAACUAAGAGGAGAAUAUGUAUACCAUGUACAGAGAGUGGGAAUGACAGGGAGUGUUGAUUAGCUUCCAAUGGGACCGAUGGCAGCCAGGAAGGGGUGUCGGUCCAAAGUAGCAUGAGCAACAACAACAUUCUAGAAUGGCACCAAGACACACAUUUUAGAACAGACUAAAUAAAUCCCUGAACAGAAAUUCUAACUCAUGAGUCGCUCAAAAUACUCUCAAAUAGCUCCAUGUCCACGUCCCUCUUCACGUGACCACAGAUCUUAACUAGAUAGAUGAAAGCAACACUGUAGAAAUGCCACCUAUUCUAACCUACUGGAAGAUUCCACCAUAUUAUUUUCACCUACCAGCUGGUAUAUACAGAAGUGUGGCAAGUUUCAAAGGAGAGGAAAAUAUGAGUGUUUCAAAGGAGAGGAAAAUAUGAGUGUUUCAAAGGAGAGGAAAAUAUGAGUGUUUCAAAGGAGAGGAAAAUAUGAGUGUUUCAAAGGAGAGGAAAAUAUGAGUGUUUCAAAGGAGAGGAAAAUAUGAGUGUUUCAAAGGAGAGGAAAAUAUGAGUGUUUCAAAGGAGAGGAAAAUAUGAGUGUUUCAAAGGAGAGGAAAAUAUGAGUGUUUCAAAGGAGAGGAAAAUAUGAGUGUUUCAAAGGAGAGGAAAAUAUGAGUGUUUCAAAGGAGAGGAAAAUAUGAGUGUUUCAAAGGAGAGGAAAAUAUGAGUGUUUCAAAGGAGAGGAAAAUAUGAGUGUUUCAAAGGAGAGGAAAAUAUGAGUGUUUCAAAGGAGAGGAAAAUAUGAGUGUUUCAAAGGAGAGGAAAAUAUGAGUGUUUCAAAGGAGAGGAAAAUAUGAGUGUUUCAAAGGAGAGGAAAAUAUGAGUGUUUCAAAGGAGAGGAAAAUAUGAGUGUUUCAAAGGAGAGGAAAAUAUGAGUGUUUCAAAGGAGAGGAAAAUAUGAGUGUUUCAAAGGAGAGGAAAAUAUGAGUGUUUCAAAGGAGAGGAAAAUAUGAGUGUUUCAAAGGAGAGGAAAAUAUGAGUGUUUCAAAGGAGAGGAAAAUAUGAGUGUUUCAAAGGAGAGGAAAAUAUGAGUGUUUCAAAGGAGAGGAAAAUAUGAGUGUUUCAAAGGAGAGGAAAAUAUGAGUGUUUCAAAGGAGAGGAAAAUAUGAGUGUUUCAAAGGAGAGGAAAAUAUGAGUGUUUCAAAGGAGAGGAAAAUAUGAGUGUUUCAAAGGAGAGGAAAAUAUGAGUGUUUCAAAGGAGAGGAAAAUAUGAGUGUUUCAAAGGAGAGGAAAAUAUGAGUGUUUCAAAGGAGAGGAAAAUAUGAGUGUUUCAAAGGAGAGGAAAAUAUGAGUGUUUCAAAGGAGAGGAAAAUAUGAGUGUUUCAAAGGAGAGGAAAAUAUGAGUGUUUCAAAGGAGAGGAAAAUAUGAGUGUUUCAAAGGAGAGGAAAAUAUGAGUGUUUCAAAGGAGAGGAAAAUAUGAGUGUUUCAAAGGAGAGGAAAAUAUGAGUGUUUCAAAGGAGAGGAAAAUAUGAGUGUUUCAAAGGAGAGGAAAAUAUGAGUGUUUCAAAGGAGAGGAAAAUAUGAGUGUUUCAAAGGAGAGGAAAAUAUGAGUGUUUCAAAGGAGAGGAAAAUAUGAGUGUUUCAAAGGAGAGGAAAAUAUUUGAGUGUUUCAAAGGAGAGGAAAAUAUUUGAGUGUUUCAAAGGAGA